CUCAACCUUCUAGGUCAAAUCUUGAGUGGGAAGAGAAAACGACUGCUAAGAGUUUCCGAUUGUGAGGCUAAAAUGAUGUAGACAAAAACGCCCUAAUGAAGCGGCAAGGAAAAACAGGCGACCCUAAAAACCCAGGACUUAGAUCAACCAAGGAAUUUACAAGCCACGAGAGCUGAGAGCGCGUCUUAGGAUCUUAUCUUGCAUCUGAGUCGGCUCGAACCAAGAUUCAAAGUGACUGAAAUAGUGGUUUUCAAGAUGGGGAACGGGGAAAGCACACCCGCUCGCCCGAACCAUCACACGGAUUUACGUGCGCAAACAAUGCCAAUACGACUCCCCAUGCCAGAGCCCGUGGAACUCGAGCGGCGUUUCACAAAAGUAUUGGCGUCCAUGGAUCUGCCUCCAGACAAAGCCAAAGUUCUGAAGAGCUACGAUGAUGAGAAGAAAUGGGACCUUAUCUGUGAUCAGGAGCGUGUCCAUGCCAAACAGCCUCCCAAAUACUACCUGGACAUUCUGAGGACCUAUCUGGACCCUUCCUCGGCCUCCAGGAGUUCACGGUUGACAGCCUGGAUUUGUAACAAUGAGAAGCGUAAAAUGCUUGGUGACGCCACCUCAACCCAGGUCCUGAGAGAUCUGGAGAUUUCACUAAGAACCAAUCACAUAGAAUGGGUGAGAGAGUUCCUGGGAGAGGAUAAUAAAGGACUGGACGUACUGGUGGACUAUUUGUCAUAUACACAGCUCAUGAUGAGGAGAGAACAGCUGAUGCACAAUUCCACACUGGACGACAGCGAAAUCAGCAGCAGCUUCCAGCGAAACACGGGUCGCACCAUGAGUGCACGCCAACAGAAUAACAAAUACAAAAGUCCGCGCAGGAGUCGUAGCUUGGCACCUUCAUCAAAGUUGAACAUGGGGGAGGCGCGGGACGACGUGCAUGUGUGCAUCAUGUGCAUGCGCGCCAUUAUGAAUCACCAGUAUGGUUUUAACCUGGUGACUGCUCACAGUCAGGCCAUCAACUGUAUAACUCUCAGUCUCAAUCACAGGAGUUUAAGGACCAAAGCUUUAGUACUAGAACUUUUAGCAGCUGUAUGUUUAGUGAGUGGGGGACAUGAAUUGGUGCUAGCAGCCUUUGACAAUUUUAGAGAUGUGUGUAACGAGCGACACCGGUUUGAAACACUGAUGGAGUAUUUUCAAAACUAUGAAGAAUUCCAUGUAGAUUUUAUGGUAGCUUGUAUGCAGUUUGUGAAUAUUAUUGUCCACUCAGUAGAAGACAUGAACUUCCGCGUCCAUUUACAGUACGAGUUCACAGUCAUAGGACUCGAUACAUUCUUAGAAAAAUUACGUCUCACAGAAAGUGACCGGCUUUCAGUUCAAGUUAGUGCUUACUUGGACAAUAUGAUAGAUGUGGCGGUGCUACUUGAUGACUCUGAGGCCAAAGCAGCCGCCAUUGAACAUGCCAAUGAGAUGGAGGAAGAGCUCUCUAGGACAGUGGAAAAAAUGCAAGAGAUUGAAGAAGAAUCAAUGGCGAAAAUAGUGGAGUUAGAAAAACAGUUAACAGAUGCUUUAACUAAUAAUGAAGAAUUACAGAAUAAAACCAAAGAAGCUGAACUCCAAAUCAGCACUUUACAGAGGACAGUGACAGAACGAGAGUCUGAUGCACAGUCGCAAUUAAAUCUUUUAAACCAACACAAAGAGGAGCUGGAGAAACUACGGAAGAGUUUCAAAGGUGGAGCUUAUGUACCAGGAGCUCCAACCCAAUCUACAGUGGCACCCCCUCCACCCCCUCCUCCCCCACCCCCAGGGCCAGGGGGUCCACCCCCUCCACCUCCACCACCACCACCCCCAGGGCCAGGUGGAGGACCCCCGCCACCCCCUCCUCCCCCAGGGAUGGGGGCACCAGGCAUGCCGGCCAUGCCCAUCAAGAAGAAGAUAACCCCAAAGUUCAAGCUUCCAUCUCUAAACUGGGUCGCCAUGAAGCCACAGCAGGUGAAGGGAACGGUCUUCUCAGAGCUGGAUGAUGAAAAGUUGUACAAUGUGAUUGACUUUGACAAGUUUGAGGAGCAGUUCCGUGUGGGUCUCUUGAAUCCCCUCGAUGCUCCAGAUGGCGCCACCCCACGCUUGAUGAAAAAGAAGAAACCUGAGAGCAUCACGCUUUUGGAAGGAAACAGGCAGAGGAAUGUCGCAAUUACAAGAAGGAAGAUUGACCUUAGUGAAGAGGAUAUCGCCAGGUUUGCUACGGCCUUUGAUCUCAAGAAGCUCCCCCUGGAAUAUUGCGAGAUUCUGCUACGGAUUAUUCCAAAUGAAGUUGAGGUGAAGAAAUUUAAAAACUAUGAGAAGGAUAUGAAACCUUUAGAAGUUUUGUCAGAUGAGGACAGGUUCUUGAUAAGUUUGAUGAAAAUGGAACGACUUGGUCAGAAACUCACCAUAAUGAGUUUUAUAGGCAAUUAUGGAGAUAUGGUCCACACUAUACAGCCUCAACUCAACUGCAUCAUUGCUGCCUCCAUGUCCAUCAAAAAUUCUGUCAAGGUGAAGAAAAUGUUGGAAAUUAUUUUAGCCUUCGGCAACUAUCUGAACAGCAGCAAAAGAGGAGCAGUAUACGGGUUCAAACUACAGAGCUUGGACACUCUGGUGGACACACGUUCCAAUGACAGGAAGAUGACGUUGUUACAUUACAUUGUUCUUACAAUUGAGGAGAGGUUCCCAGAGCUGUCAAACUGGGAGAAUGAACUCAGAUAUAUUGAAAAAGNCGUUUCCUUGGAGAAUGUCCUGCUGGACAUUAAAGAGCUGGACAAAGGCAUGGAGCUGACCAAGAGGGAGUACGAGGGGCGCAAGAACUCGCCUUACCCACCAGUUGUUCUGGAAGAGUUCCUGAAGACUUCUCAAGAUAAGCUGAGGAAGAUUAAAGUGGAUGCCAAGACAGCACAGGAAGCCUACCAAACUGUGGUGGAGUAUUUUGGGGAGAGUCCCAAGUCUCUGGAUCCCAACACUUUCUUUGCUAUCUUUGUUCGCUUCGUCAAAGCUUACAAGCAAGCGCACGAUGAAAACGAAUUGAGGAAAAAAAUGGAGCAAGCCACCGCCAUACCAGAACAGAUCGAGAAGGAGAAAGAGAGGCGGAGGUCGGAGAAGAAGAGCCACGAGGCUGCUGUGGUGGAUGAGCUGAAGAAAAAACAGAACCGACGGCAGAUUAAAGAGAAGAAACUUUUGGGAAAGGACGAGGUGUACCACGGAGCUUUGGAGGACAUUUUACUUGAUUUAAAGAACGAGCCAUAUAGGAGAGCUGAUGCUUACAGGAGAAGCCAGCGCCGCCAUAAUGAAGGUCUUCAAGCAGCUAGCUCAAUGAGUGAAGGCUUCUAAAUGCCUCAAAGUACUUUUGUUGCCAUUUUACACACCAUUGGACUAUUUCCACAUGCCAGCAAAACUGGUGUCAGUCAUUUUAACCAGGCGGGCAGAAUGACAGUUUCAAAAUGGCGUGGUUCUGUGUUGAUGCCCUGAACAACAUGGCUGAUGUCUGUUUCAAGAUUUCGCCACAUGUAGACAGAUAGUAUAAUAAAUUUACUCAUUCUGUUGGGCAGAAUCAUCUUCAGUUAUCUAACAGUUUGUCAGUGAGUCUGAAACUUGCACAGUGCCAGGGAUUGGUGUCAACAUCUCAACCUAAAAUGCAAACAAUUGCUGGGAAUUGCUACUGAAACCCAUACACUUUCUGUGAGUUGUUGGUUUCAGAUUUGUCACUGGUAAAAAUUAACUCCCUGGAAUGUGCUGUAGACAACAAUAAAUUGCCUGCAAUAUCUGCAUACUGCCAAAGGUAGGAGGACAAGCUUCUCAGCCACGAUUGCCUUUUGGCAUCAAGAAAUUCUCUAGCCCUGUUACUCCAGGUUUGUUUCUUUGACCACAAGAAAAGAAACACACCUCAGCAUUUUAUUGCUUGACUUUUCGCUUAACUGGCAAUGGACACAGUGCUCUCUCUAUGACCCAGUGUAUUUAAACUAAUGGACAGCCUUGUAAGUGGACCCAAAUGGCUGGACUGUGAUUUGUGUAUCAUAAUCUAGUGGGCGUUGUGUAUCAUCAGCCAAGAGAAGCCCAAUUCAAAAAUUGUGAGGAAUGAAAUACUGAAUUAGAGGCCUUUUUGAUUAUUCAAAGAAAUAGGUUAGGAAAGAUGUGAUUUUACAGUGGAGAUAUUUUUCACAGCAAGCAAAAGGUUGUGAUGCCUUUAAAUUUUGGAAGGUUUUGGUUAAAAGCAGAAAGCCCAGUAGCUGUUGGUUAAGUUGAUUUUAGUUGAACAAAGAUUUACAAUAGCGAGUUAAUUUUCUUUCGUAAUGUAAUUGGGAUACAGGAAACAUUUUAUUAAUAUGAACUGAUGAACUUAACAUUUGUCAAAAGUAGCGUUUCAUAUAAGUGUCAAACAAGACAUACAGAAACUGUAAUUUUUGUGAAAAAGUCAGCAUUUUUUUUCUGCAGUUUUGAGUCCCAAGAAUUGGCAUUUUAAACUAUAUAUGUUGGUGUAAAAAGGUUGAUUAAAACACGUAUAGGUUCAUUGUUAUGAGAAUGCUGUUAUAAAUGUGACGUAAGUGUUCAAGAAUUGCAUUUUGCAUUAUUUUAAUGUAUGUGUACUGUUCCUUUGUGGGACCUUGUAAAUGUUUUGUAAAGUGAUUUUCAAACCCCUAUGGGAGUUGUAUGGCAUGAAAAUAGUUGAUAUUCAUUUUGGAGCAACAGAUGGGUGUAUUAUUGUAGCUUGUCUUGAUAUAACUGCCAUCUAUUUUUCUUGUGGCAAAAGUAACUUUUUCAGUAUGAUCUCUCAUAAUUGGUGCAUUCGUUAUCUUUAGGAUUGUGAUUUUAUAUAUGCUUUGCCUUACCACAUUUGUGUAUUCGUUAUAAGAUUUGAUUUCUACAAGAUAUCUCAAGUUCUUGUCCACUUUUUCCCAGAUGCAUUGUCCAUUUCAUUAUAAUUGCAUUUAAUCCAGAAAAAAACAUUGUAUUCAAGUCUUUUGUUGAAGACCUUGGUUAUACAGGCCGGAAGAUAAACAGGUCAGUUGUAUCGCUAAAUGUUUUGUAAAAAAUUUUAUUACCUAAGAUGUAUGAAACUUAAGACAUUUUGUAACUUUUUAGUCAGAACAGAAGAAGGGUGAAAACAAUUAUACAUUUUAUUUAAAGCAGUAAAAUAGAAACCGGAAUCAGUAAAUGUAAAUUUUAAGAAAGGGGUAUAUAUGAUUA